GUGGCCUGGAGAUCUGUGGACCAAGACAAGUUUAUGACCAUUGGAACAAUGGCCUGGUCACCAGAUGACGACAUCCAAGUUGAUCACGUCAAGCACAGCGAGGAGCUGGAAGACUGGACACUCAUCUUUCCGAAAGUGAAGAAAUCGGACAGUGGCUUGUAUGAGUGCCAGCUGACGUCAGUGGCCGGGUACCAUACGCUCGUCAGGUUGAUUGUUGUAG